AUGGGGGUGACAGACACGUGGCCGCCGAAGGCCGCAGAGGACGACCCCUUCUCAUCCCAGAAUCGGGCUUGGGACCCCCAGGUCCACGCACAAAGCCCCCAGAUCCACCCCCAGGACCCCAGCCCCACGCCCAGGACCCCCAGAUCCACCCCCAGGCCCACACCCAGGACUCCAGAGCCACGCACAAGACCCCAGCCCCACGCCCAGGACCCCCAGAUCCACCCCCAGGCCCACACCCAGGACUCCAGAGCCACGCACAAGACCCCAGCCCCACGCCCAGGACCCCCAGAUCCACUCCCAGGACCCCCAGACCCACACACAAGAACCCAGCCCCACUCCCAGGACCCCCAGACCCACGCCCAGGACCCCAGGUCCCCUCUCAGGACCCCCAGCCCCACGCACAAGGCCCCAGACCCACACCCAGGACCCCUGGAUCUACCCCCGGACCCACGUCCAGGACUCCAGACCCACGCACAAGGCCCCAGAUCCACACACAGGACCCCAGGUCCACACACAGGACCCCCAGACCCACGCACAAGACCCCAGACCCACGCCCAAGACCCCCAGGCCCACGCCCAAGGCCCCAGACCCACGCUCAGGACCCUAGACCCAAGCACAAGACCCCAGACCCACACCCAGGACCCCCAGACCCACGCCCAGAACCCCAAGGUCCACCCCCAGGCCCACACCCAGGACCCCGGACCCACUCCCAGGUCCACUCCCAGGCCCCCAGACCCACGCACAAGAUCCCAGGCCCGCACACAGGACCCCCAGACCCAUGCCCAGCACCCCCAGAUCCACCCCCAGGCCCACUCCUAG